UGAGUAGAGUUGAGGGCGCGUGAAGAUUGAGCUUUAUCGCUCUCCGUCGCGGUGUUACACCUUAACUCUUCCUCCUGCCGGGUCCCCUCGUUGUUUCUAACUUAGUUCUGUCUGCCGCGCGCACGCUAGCAACAUGAGUGGAGCAAGCGUUAAAAAGGGUCCUUCUGCCACUGUGACGGAGUGGAUCGGCACAGCUUGUCGUUUUGUAACGGACAGAAACGACUUCAGGAGGAAUCUAAUGGUCAACCUGGGCUUGUUUGCAGCCGGUGUUUGGGUUGCACGAAAUCUCUCCGAUUUUGACCUGAUGUCUCCUCAGCCAGUGACCUAAAACCAGGAUAAUGGCGUCUUGGACCAACAAAGAAGGAAGUGUUGUGAAUGAAUUCUUUGUUUGACUAGUUUUACUUUGAAAAACAAAUGGUCUUGUUGACCAGAUUCCGCCUCAUUUUUCUGUAGAAUUAUUUUUGUCGUGUCAUUGUAGUCGGCCUCAAGAGAAACAAGUACAUUAAAUCAGUGUCUUUGUUCGA